CAUAGGGAAAAAUAGGUGGGUUGAGUAGAAGGCGUCUGGGGAGAAGAGAGGAGUGAGGAGGUUUUUAGAAAUUUUUGGUGGUGGGCUUUAGGUGGGAAUUUCUUGAUUCGUUCUGAAAUGUUGGAGGGUAAGAGCAUGUUUUUCAAACCUGCAUACUCUUGUUGAACUAAAAAUUUCUCCAGGUCCCCGCAUUUGAAGCCACUUCAAACCUGUUUGGAUUUUCGCCCUGAUCCACCACCGGAGUUUGCUACCUCAACACCAGAUCCAUUUAUCCACCGGCCCUCAUCGAAGUCACUCACCGGGGUUUGCUACCCCAACACCAGCUCAUCAAUAUUAAUGUUUUCAUGGGUAGAGAGGGAGAAUAUUGCCUAGCCUGGUGCAGGUUAUACACAGUGAAACCAAUUUGACUAAUACGACCGAAAAUGAAAUACUCCAAGAUCCGAAGCAAAUUGACUAGAUGGUUUCAAUAUUACUUCGUCUUUUCCAAGGCUGCCCUGUUAAUCUCCGCUCUGGUGUUCAGCCACAGCCUAGUAGAACAUGCAGUGGUGGAUGUGUUGAUGUCAUACAUCACAGAUACGUGGAAGAACGUACAUCUGAACGUUGCAGCAGUAGCUGUGAAUACGUACGAAGUGACAUCUACAAUAGCAGUGGUUCUUCUCGCUCACGCGUCAGAUGCCUACUUUGGUCAUUUCAAAAUGAUCCUAAUCACCACUAAAACCUAUAUUCUUGGGUUGGUACUAUUAUGGAUUACAGGUACUAAGAUUUGGCUGCUCGUUGUGGCUUUGGUGCUAAUCUCGGUGGGCACAGCAGGGAAAGAACCACCGUUGAAAGAAUUCCUGGUUGAUCAGUUAAGGCGCCAUGAACAGAGCCUGGAUGGCAAUAAUGAAAUUCGGGUGCAGGCACGUACGGAGGUUUGGUGGCGCUUUUGGUGGUGCUUGGGAUCCAUCACAGCAACCUUCGCCUUCUCAGCUGUUGACUGGCCAAACACCUUCAAAGUCGUGAUAGUGGUGAUGUUCGUUGCUUAUUGGCUGUUUCGUUUUGGCGAAGGCCUUCCCUAUUGCCAAAGCCCAACCAGCGAAGAAAACCAAACCGGGAAACAAGAAGCAAGCGCCAGCCCGCUUUCCCUUGCAUAUCGCGUUCUUAAGGCUGCAAUAAUGAAGCGACAUCUCCACUACCCUGAUGCAAGCAAGUUCUUCAAAAACGACAGUGGUGAACUAAUUUUGUUGCCCAAUAUUCCAUUCUUCAGAUGGUUAGAUAAAGCGGCUAUUGUGGACCCAUCCUCCCUCAGUCCAGAAGAACAAGAAAAACAGGGAAAGCUUUGCUCUGUUGCACAGGUGAAGGAAAUAAAAUAUCUCCUAAAAAUGGUUCCUAUGUGGGCGACCUUCCUGGUGUAUGGUCUGGUUGAAGCAACGGGGAGCACUUUUUUUGUUGAACAGACCUCCAACCUGAGAUCACCUAUUACCGACAGCUUUGUCGAUAUCGUGAUUGCUUUCAAUGCCAUGAAAUCCUUAACAAGCUUCAUAGUUCCAUAUUUGUACGAGUUACUAAUCCAACGGAGGUGGAGUGAUGGAAGACAAAAACAAGGUGGUCUGCUAGUGAGAAUUGGUGUUGGAAUGGUUUCGUCCAUCAUAUGUUGUUGUGCUGCUUGGCAGGUUGAGGUGCGCAGAUUGAAUAUGGUUGAUAGAGAGGGAGUUAAAGACGACCCAGAUGUGAAAAUCCACAUGAGUAUCUUGUGGUUAGUUCCACAAUUCUGCCUGUUGGGAUUCAUGGAAGGACUCGCGGAAGCCGGACUCGUGGAUUUCUUCUGUGAUCUGGUAGCUGACUCGAUGAAGAGUUAUGCGGGACCUUUCACUAAUUGCACACUGAGUAUUGGAAAAUUGGUCAACAUUGCCUGUGUCUUUGUUUUCCGUGACUGGUUCAGAGACAACGUAAACAAUAGUCAUCUAGAUAGGUAUUACCUUAUGCUAACAAUACUAAGCUCCGCGAAUCUGUGCUUGUACUGCUUCGUCUCCCACGAGUACAUGGGGGGUGAGGAAGCUGCAACAGCUAACAACAAACCACAUGCAAUUUUGGAAGAUGGAGAUCAAGUGGUCGGGACCGUAUCUGACCCUAGUAUUGGUUCUCUCUCCACCACUCAUUCUUCGGUCCGUCAAACCAUCAGGUGUCACUCCGUCCCUCAAUCUUCAGUCCAAACCACCUGGAAUCGCCCUCUUAGAAGCUCCAAAUGGUGACGUUUGAAGUUUGAACAUCAUUAAUGUUACUAUCAUUUUCCUUGUAUUACUUCAUGUAGCAGUUUUAGCAACUCAUUUUAUGAAGUUUCUCAUUAAUAAAAUUUGUCUGGCUUAUUCA